CCUAAUUUUCACUUGAGGAUCAAUUUUGUGGUUCCAUUAUCCAAUCGGCUGGCCGAUUUUGGCCUUGAAAAACAACAAUACGCGAGUUUGACAGUUCACACGACGCGCGUUGAAACCGGACCGGAGGGAAAAUCCGUCGAGAUCGCACGAGGAAAUCGGAAAAUUGAAAAUGGAAACGAAUGGUGCCGCAGCUGCAAACUCUCCGCGAGAAAACCACAAACGUAAGGAUACGAUCGAUUGGACGGAAUACUUUAUGGCGAUGGCGUUUUUGGCCGCGAAGCGCAGCAAAGACCCAUCAACGCAGGUUGGCGCGUGCAUCGUGAACGAAGAUAAACGGGUGGUCGGCCUUGGCUAUAAUGGAUUCCCUACCGGUUGCAACGAUGACGAGUUCCCGUGGUCCAAAACGUCGUCGGAUCCUCUGGAAACCAAGUAUCUAUACGUGUGCCAUGCGGAGGUGAACGCCAUCCUGAACAAAAACAGUGCGGACGUGAAGAACUGUACUAUGUACGUGGCGCUGUUCCCGUGCAACGAGUGCGCCAAGAUCAUCAUCCAGUCGGCGAUCCGGGAGGUGGUGUAUAUGAGCGACAAACACGCGCACAAGGAGCACACAAUAGCGGCCAAGCGGAUGUUCGAUGCGGCCGGUGUGAAAUACACCAAGUACAAACCGCGCCACAGUCGCAUCUUGAUCGAUUUCACCGAGAUCGAUUGGGACAGUUUGAAUCAGCUACCCGCGACACCGGUCAAGCAUUGA